AUGAGUGCAGCAGAUAGGGAGACUCGGCAGAAUGGGGAGGUCCAGCGGCUAAAUCAAAUCCUCACUGGUCGAAGAUCGACUAUAGUUCAGUACUUAGCAGAAUCUGCUUUGAACGUUGUCCUCUAUCCGGACGAAGUUUUAGAAAUUCGACGGCACCUAGAGGCUUUCAUCGCCAAACUCGCCUCUGCCUCUGGUACCCAAGACCUAGAUCUACUUCUCUGCACCGUCUAUAUGCAGCGGCUUAGGUUCAUCCUCCCAAAGAACGCUGAAGGUGUGUCUUCGACCCCCUACCGUAUUUUUAUGGCAUCAUUGAUAGUAUACCUGAGAUACUAUUACGACGUUAGCCCGAAAAACUUAAAGUGGGCUAAAUGGUCCAACAUGGAGAACCGUGGAUCGUUUAGUUUUACCUUGGAACAGGUCAAUAGCAUGGAACGGAAUCUCCUUCGUCAGCUUGACUACGACUUAAGAAUGACAGAGAAAGACGUCUCUAGCCGGCUUGAAGCUUUCUCAACCUACGAAAGAUUCGCAGAGCUGACUUCAGAGUCUAAGGUCGGUCAUAAAUUACCCCGACAUGAAUCUGCUUGGGAGCAAAGGAAGGGCUGGCACAACCCACAUCUAUGGCAAGUAGCACAAAGUGAAGGUAUCUGA